AUGAUUUAUUGUAACAAUCAACCACAAAGAAAUGUCUCAACUUCAAUGCUCAGCAGCUGUAAUCGCUGUUGGGAUAUGAAAGAAGCUAAUCGUGAUUGGAUAGAUGUUCAUUUCGGAUAUUGCUCGCUCGAUCACAGUUGGAUGUUUUUUGUUUGUUUUACUUCUCUUUUUAUGGAGAUUCAUUUAGAUGUUUAUGGCAUUUCUAAUGCUAUUUGUCUGCGGAAAGAGUGCUAUUCGGAAUAUCUGAACUUUGCAUAA